CGCAGUUCUUUAUUGCUGCUUUUCGAUCGGCUGGCCUUUCUUUCCCCGCCGUCUGUCGCAGAGAUCAAGUUGAAGCGUUUUCCUUAUUGCCAGCCUUGUUUCUGGUUUCCUUUCUUCGUUUGUGGAACAAAUCCAACUUUCCUGGUGCAUCUCUGGAUGUUCCGAUGAAGAGAUUGGAACAUUAGACUAUAUCCCUUACAGUCUACCCGAAGGAACCAGGAAGGGAAUUGUUGGGGCAUUGUCUGGUACGACAAAAUUAGGUCUCCGUAAUGUUCCUUGUGCAAAUGGACUCCGAAAGCGUGCCGGUGGCCAAAACCUCACCCGUGGAAGUUGAUGUGACGGGGAUCACCAAGAUGGAGUCUGUGCUCAGGUUGAAGGGAAUGGAGAAUUGUGGGCAAGCAAUCUACGGGCAGGCUCCCUUCGUGGAGGACAAUGACCACCCAGAAGUUCGAGAUGAUGCAUUCAUCGAGCUCAUCGGUGGAAGGGAAGUUUAUCCUCCGACACCCUCUCCGGAUAGAGAUAGUUCGGAGCCUCCCUCCUCUUCCGACCAGUCCGAGGAGCUUGAUUCCAUUCUGGACUGCCGGACACCAUCGGGAAACAUCUUUGAUCCGUUUGCCCCUGGGCCAGAAGAACUGGUUUUUGCCCCCAGAAAGAAGAUGCUGAAGGGAACCCAAGUACCUCCUCGGCGGCAGCUCAACUUCGAUGACUGUGGUGAUUCCAAUCAACAGGUCAAACACAAUGUUGCUGAAGAUGCUGUCGAGGAAGAUGACCUAUUGGAGUUGUUUUUUCGAUCAUUUCUCGAACUGAUUGUUCUAAAUCGGAUACAGGAGACAUCGGUUAAGAACUUUCCGCUUCAUGGUGACACUUCUGAAUGUCUCAAGACACCCAUUUUAUUACCUUUGCUAACAGGGGUUGCAGGGACAUGCCCUCCUGCACCCAGGAGAGAAGCAGCAAACUCAAGGACGUUCAGGCUUGGAGUAUGCCGAAAGCUUGAGUUCGGGACCGGCUUGACUUGAUCAUUCCAGCUCUCCUGACGAAAAUUACAGGGUAGGCUGGAGCCUUGUUCACCAAGAGCUGAUCAAUCUGAUAAGAAAUUUUGCAGAGCUUUGGGAGUAAUAGCUUCAAACGCAGCUUUUGUGGACUCUUCAACUUACUGGUUUUACCUGUAGGCAUUGAUUUUGCUGACCUGAGAGGGGAAGUUAUUAAUUCCAUGUAACUUCGGAGUGGCAUUAUAGAUGUCCUUAAACAACUGAACUAAUACAAAAUUUUUGGUAGUAACUAGAUGUCCUGUUCUUGCCAUUAUAGUCAUUAUUGGAGAUGCCAUCACUAUGUGAACUUGUCGGUAUUGAUUGCUGUUUGUUGCUGCUUAUGAUAUGGGCUUUUAAUUGGCAUAAUUUCCCUGCA